AAUGAAAGAAAAGUGCUGCCUACACCGCCAUUUCGAUUACCGGCAACCCUGUAAUGAAAUUCCGAUAAAAUUGUUUUUUAACAAACUUGACAAAUAAUUAAUUUUCCGAUCAUGUUGCGCAAAAUCGGGAGUCUAGCGGGACGUCAACUGAGGCAGCAGGCACGUUUCACAGCUGUCCGCUCAUUCUCGGCUACAAAUGCCCUACGUAAAGAUGCAUCUGCACAGACGGAGGCCGACGCGCCACCCCCUAAAAACAUUUUGGUGGAGAAGGACAAGAACAUAACAUUGAUCGGGAUCAACCGGCCCCAGCAACGGAAUGCCAUAGAUUCGCAUACCGCCGCACAGUUGUGCGAAGCUUUUUCCAAUUUUGAGGCGGAUGACACAUCUCCCGUGGCCGUACUUUACGGCGUAGGCGGCUCCUUCUGCUCCGGCUUCGACAUCCUCGAGAUGAGCACCGACGACAAGGAGGAGAUCAGCGUGGACAUCCUCAUGCGACCGGAGGGUUCAGUGGGUCCGACGCGUCGUCAGAUUAAAAAGCCGGUUGUCUGCGGCAUCAAUGGCUACUGUAUUGCCAAUGGCCUGGAACUGGCGCUCAUGUGCGACCUGCGCGUGAUGGAGGAGUCUGCCGUUUUGGGCUUCUUUAACCGUCGCUUUGGCGUUCCAAUGUUGGACGGAGGAACUAUUCGCUUGCCCACUAUGAUUGGAUUGUCACGUGCUCUUGAUCUGAUUCUCACCGGACGUCCCGUAGGCUCCCAGGAGGCCCACGAUAUUGGUCUGGUUAACCGAAUUGUGCCAACGGGCACGGCGUUGGGCAAUGCUUUGGAAUUGGCCUCGUGUCUGGCCAAAUUCCCUCAGCGUGCACUUAUACACGACCGAAACUCUGUCUACUCGGGGGCCUUUGAAACGACUUCCUUCCAUCAGGCCGUACAAAACGAAGUGAUGUAUACUUCUCGGGAAAUUAUUGAGGACAUGCAGAAUGGCAUCAAAUGGUUCAACCAGACUUUUAAGCCCGAAACCACUCACUCUUGGCUGAAGAGAGAUCGCUCCAUGGCCGACUGGGAUGACGAAGAUGUGGCUGAAGCUGCUGCCGCAAAGGAAAAACAGAAGCAGGCCGAGGAGGCUGCUCUGGCGGAGGCGGAGAAACAAAAGGCUGACGAAAAGAACAAGAAAAAGUCGAACAAGGUCGAGGAAAAGCCAGAAGCGGAUAGUAAAGAUCCCAAGGACACGCCAAAGAAAUAGUUGCGUCCCAUCAAAACAAAAUUUGUUUCAAAUCAUAAACUCUGUACAUAACACACUCAUAAGAAUCUUAAAAUUGAGCCAUUCGACUUGUUAACUUAUUACAUUAUAUGUAACUAUAAAACCGAACUACUGAUCUA